GUUUCGUCUUAGACUUUGACGUCGAAUGUGGUGAAGCAUACAAUCACUGGGUCAUUUUACAGAGACAGAAAGAGAAAACGUGUUGUAUCUGACCGCCCGCAAUGUCAUCAAUUGAGCUAGACGAUAUAACUGUGAACAACCAGCAUGUUCUCAAGGUGAUAAACACAAACGUUCUUCCUACAGUCUAUCCAGAGGAGUUCUAUAAGGGCUCGCUAAAUGGGUUCUCCAAGUUCGCCUACUAUGGUGAAGUGCCCGUAGGCGCAAUCAAAGCCAAGUUGAUUGUACCACAGCACCACAAGGUGCCCACGAGUGUUUACAUCGAAUCUCUUGCAGUGCUUGAACCUUAUAGACACAAGGGAAUCGGUAAGAAGCUGGUUGAGUAUGCCAUUGAACAGGCAAAGACAAGCUAUGUCCACGAGCUUACGCUUCACGUCUGGGUUAAACAACCAGAGGUUAAACAGUGGUAUGAGAGAUUGGGGUUUGAGGAGAAGGAGGUGAUCCCUGGGUACUAUAGUCAGCAGAAAUUAGAUCAACCAGAUGCAAUCCUGAUGUCCUUAAAGGUUUAGAUAAUCAUAUAUAUUUUGAAUCCGACAGGAUCAUAGUUUGAAAUUGUAGAAAUA